AAAAACUAUUAACCAAGGCGGCACAGGUUCGAAUGCUACGAAUUUAGGGUUCUUUUAAAAUCCGUCUAAAACUCUAAUAUCAAUUUCAAUUCGCCUCCUUCUCUCGAUCCUCUCAAAAUCUCCAACCACCAAUGAAGCGGCGGCGUAAAUCAAGAGUAGAAUUUGAAGUACCCGACCAAUCAGCGACGACGACGACGGAGUUCUCCUUCUCUCUCACCAGAGUCGCCGUCAGCCAAAUCUGCCUAUCCGUCGGAUACAGAUCCACCGAUUCCUCCGCUCUAGAUACUCUAACCAUAAUCACCACCAAAUUCUUACAAUCUCUCGCCGGACUCGCCGCGUCGUUCGCAAACAUCGCUAAUCGCACCGAGGCUAACCUCUUCGACAUCGUCAAUGGUCUUCAAGAUAUCUCUUUAUCCACUUCCGAUUGUUUUCCCGGCGGCUCAACGCUGCACGACACCGAAUCACACUGCCUAAUCAAAUCCGCUGUCCUCCGUAACCUCUCUGAUUUCGUCACCUCCGUCUCCGAAAUCCCUUUCGCCAAGCCGUUACCGAGGCCGGAAAUCGACGGAUCGCCGGGAAGGAAUUUUACACAAACGCCGCGAUCGCCGUCCGUCCCAGCCUGGCUUCCGCCUUUCCCGGAAUCUAUCUUCUUCCUCGAGCGCUGUACGAAGGAAACAUCCGAUCACUUGUGGGAGAACUCCGAUUCCGUUAUUGGCCGUGAAAUUUUGCCGGUGAAUUCAGAAUCCGAGAGCUGUAAAGGUAGAAGCGGUGGAAUUUUACCGGAGAGGAGAGCGAGAGUGAGAUUCAAAGUGGAAAGGGAUAGUAACGACGGCGAAUCUGGCCGUGAAAUUGAGGUUAAGAGGAAAAUUAGAGAAGAACCCAAAAAAAAUGAAUCGGGAGGUUUAAUAUGGCUUCGAACCCGCGACGCUAUUGAGGACUCAUGUUAAUGACCAAUUGGUAUAUACCGCAUGAGCUGCAUCUCUGAAAGUUUUAGCUUACCAAUUGUAAUUUUAUAAACUUAGCGACAUUAAAGUUUCUUU